AUGAAUAGGUUUGAAUGUGUUUAUGAAAUAAAUAGAAAACAAACAAUUAUAUACAUUGAUGUUGUUUAUCGAUGGGAAGAUUUAAUAGACACUCCACAUGUAUUGGCGGGUCAUAAUUAUUUCCCUCUCUUAAGAGAAUGUUUGGAAUCCAAAGAACAUGGUUUGGGGUCACCAGAAAUAUCGAUAGUAUUUGAAUGUGCAAUUCGUGGAAACAGUGACUUGGAGAUACUAGACUAUUUAAUAAACUACUUUAUUAUUGACAAGCAAAGUUCUUAUACGCUUAACUCUCUAUUUAUCGAAGCUACUGAGUAUGGUCGGUGCGAGGUACUGUCAUAUCUAUUAAAUACCUACAAAGAACAUCAAUUUGAUUUUGGUAGUUCAAUGGUCAAUGCUCCUCUUGGAAACAGUAUGGAGGUGUUGGAAUUCUGUGUUAAAAAGUUCAAUGGUUCUCCAGAAGGAAAAGAUUAUGUUUGUAGUUACGAAGAUGGUCAAGAGAUCAGUGUAUUUGAUAAUACAGUGGUUGUCGGAAAUAUAGAGAUGUUUCAAUACCUUUUGGAGACUAGAGAACAAGAUUUAAAAUUUGGAAAUCUUUUCCAAAGAUCAAUUGAAGCUGGUCAUGUACAUAUGGUGGACUAUGGGUUAAGAGACUGUAGCUUUGGAUCAAUGGAUAGGGCAAUAGGUGAAAAAAUUGAUGAUAUGGUCAUAUGGAUGUUCAAAAAUUUGACACAAAAAUGUUCAUCAUAUGCAUUUGAUAAUGCAGCUAGUAAUGGAUGGUUGGAAUCGAUGAAGUUUCUCCAUGAGAAUGGUGUUGAAUGUACCACCGAAGCUAUGGAUUUUGCAGCAUCGAAUGGACACCUAGACUGUGUAAAGUGGUUACACUUCAAUCGUAGCGAAGGAUCAACUACUUUUGCAAUGAAUGAAGCUUGCAACAAUCACCACCUAGACGUUAUCGAAUGGCUGCACUAUAAUAGAAGUGAAGGUUGUACAACUUAUGCAAUGGAUGCAGCAGCUAAGAUGGGAUUCCUCGAUGUUGUAAAAUGGUUGCAUGUAAAUAGGUCAGAAGGAUGUACCAACAUUGCAAUAGAUUAUUCGGUUGCUCACGGGCAUUUCGAUGUUGUAAAAUGGCUCCUUGAAAAUAGUUUAAAUUUUUAUGUUUAUAUAAAGAUAAAUGAUAAUAUUGGCGGUGUGAUCUACGGGCAUCUUUUAGUACUAUUUAGAAGAAAGAUAAAUUUAGAUAAUAUAAUGAUGUACUAUGAUGAUGAUGACAGUUUUGAAGAUAGUGACAACCAAAGCGAAACAAUAGAAGCCGAUUCUCAAGCUGAACUUGAUUUAUUGAAUACUGGAGGAGGUGGUGGUGGUGUUGGAGAUCAACUGACACAGGAUCUUUCAAUGGGAGUAGUGCUUAGUGGUGACAGUGGAAUUGAAUUUAGUAGCAGUGGUGGCGGUGGUGGCGGUGGUGGAGACAAUCAAUCACCUUCGAUAGUAUCCGAAAUGAAUGAGUACACCGACAGUGACUAUGACAGUCAGAGUGUAGGUAGCUUAGACAGCUAUGAUUCGGAAAUCGAUAGUGUAGACACCUCACAUCGCUGCCCACACUCUGUGUGCACAACUAAUGACUUCUUUGAAGAUAUCAUACAACAUGCACUAGAAAAACAUACCUCCUGUGCAGCCAAUUGUCUAGGUUGUCGUCUCGUAAAUGAUAUCAACCGUCGCAAUGAAAUCUACCUUGAAAGGAAUUAUACUCCAGGUCUCAACAAUUUUUUCCCACAUCACCCACCCAACAAUAAUAAUAAUAAUAAUAAUAAUAACAAUAAUAAUAAUGAUGAUGAUGAUGAUGAUGAUGAUGGUGAUAUAUGUGUAUAA